AUGGCAACAAUCUCUACAUCUCAAGCUCAUACCAGCUUGACACCACCAAGUAGUUCUCAUGGUCAAGAUUCUUGGAAUUAUUCUGUACCAGCUCAAGUAGAGCCUACCUCACCUUCUGCGGACGACUUUCCAAAUCAUAAUCGACAACUCUCUCAACCGAACGGUUACGCAUUACGUCCAAGUACAGAAACCUUCGGUCCUCGAACUGCUCACGACUCCAAUCAUUUGGCUCCAGUUGGUGCAAAUGAAUUAAAUCGCCAGCAUAGUGAUAUCAGCGACACCCCUAGCGCUCCCGAUAGCUUACUGGACCUAUAUGAAAAUAAUAAAGGUGGUCAAGGUAUGGAUUUUGGGGAGAGGAGAGGUAUGAAUGGUAAAAAACAUGAGAUGGAUAAUUUAGAACAUUCAAGAUGGAUUCACAGAGAUAAAUUGGCUCGAAUUGAGAAUGAGGAAUUACAAGCAGCUGGAAUAACAAUACCACGACCAAGGACAGGAAGCAAAUCUAGUCGCCGAGAUCGUAGUCAAGACCAUGGAAAUGGGCUCAGAAGUGACGGACAAAAACGGCAGAAGAUGGGCACAAACUCGAUGGGGGACGGAGAUGGAUCUAAUGCUUGGGAUUUACGAUUACCUGAAGAGGCUGCGGGAGACCUUGGUACGAAAGGUAUAUCUAAGAUACCCAUUUCGAAAUCGAGUCCUUUACCAAUACCGAUCGAUUACCUUGAACGAGAUACACCUAUACCUCGGAAACCCAGUGCCAACUGGUAUGAUGAGGAUGAUCCAUUAUCAUUCAAGCAAGCAAGAAGCCGGAGUCAUAGUAUGAAAAGCUCUUUUGGACUUGAUGAUUCUGCACCAACCACUGCGAAUAUACCCAUGCCUACUCCUGCCAGAAUAUCACCUCCUCCUGCUAGAAUUUCACCUACUCCUGCUAGAGCAUCACCAUCGGAACGAUCUCCUACCAAAAAGACAUCAGGACGGAAAGGAUCUAUUGGUGCAAAUGCUGCACUUCCUGGAAGUCGGCAGGCGUCAGCGCAAAGACAAAAACAAAAGCCGGGAACAAAUGCGCCAGAUCUACGACCAAAAACUCGUUCCGGCGAUAUAAUCAAUACCUCGAAACGUCCCGAAGGUGAUCCACCUUGGUUGGCUACUAUGUACAAACCGGAUCCUCGACUACCCCCCGAUCAACAAGUGAUUCCAACUCAUGCAAAACGUAUGCAACAAGAACAAUGGGAGAAGGAGGGAAAAUAUGGAAAUGUUUAUGAUACAUCAUUUAGGCCAUUAAAUCAACAGGAACACAUACCACGCCCAGAUUCCUUCUCUCCACCACCAGAUGGACCAGAAGAACCAGAAUCAGAAGAAUCAGCUCCAGAAUGGCCAUUGGCCGCACCGCAAUCACCUACAGCGCCCAUCUCCCCCGUUUCUCCACUUUCACCUGUUUUUGCUUUGAGUUCCACACCAACAUUAAGUACAGGUGCACGAUCGCAAGUGGAGAGGGCUGGAAGUUAUAGUACAAUGCCUAAAAUCGCAACGGGAAAACCUCAAGGAGUCAAUAUUCCAGAUCCUAAACCACCAAUUCGUGUUCAAGAUUCUCCUGAAUCGAAUAAGGGUUGCGGUUGUUGCGUUAUUAUGUAA